ACUUACACAUUUAUUUAUCCAACGCAAACUUAUUUUUACGUUUACGCAAAAUAUUUCUGAAUUCUACAGUCUACCUUUAUUAGGUACCUAUACUUAUUAUUGGAAUCAUGUCGGCCGUGUACACACAUCCUUUUUUUUUAAUUCUAACAUUAUUACUGAUAGACAGAAGCGUUACUGAUCGCACGCUCCCAGAUUGGUACCAUGUGACUCCGGAAGUCAUGAAUUGGGAUAAAGACACGCUGUUUGAUUUGGAAAAGAGUAUUUACUUCAGUAUGCUGAAUAAUUAUGACUCAUUCGUGUAUGUGAAAAGCAGGUAUAAGAGACAUGCUGCCUUCUCGAUGGGAACAUAUGCUUUCACGAUACGCAAAAUAUAUGCACAGCAGAUGCAUUUGAUCCGUCGUUGCAAUUUAUUCAAGGGAAAAUUAUCCCGUGCCGAGCUGAUAAAGAAUGCAACAUCAUGUCAAAGAAUGCACUACGCUAUGCACAUUGCGACUGACAUAGUGAAAACCCUUUUUCAAAACUACACCAAAUAUGAUCCAGACGACGUAGAAGACAAUAAAUUAAAUAUUGAAAUAAAUGACACCUUAAAAGAUAAUUCUAUAAAGGACACUAAAAAACCUGAACAACCAGAUGCCACAAGAGAAGGGGACCCUGGAGAUAACGAAAGGCGGCGUCGUUUUGCACAAAAAUCACGUAUACCACGUGCUCAUAGGCCAAGAAAUGUACGGAAAUCUCUGCGGUUUUUGAGCAUGGCGGACUACACGCUCCGGCUUCAGCAGCUAGUUAAAAGUAUUAAACCCUUAAAUGCAUGAUUUUUUUCUGGUUGCCGGAAGUAAUAUAAUGUGACACUUUUCAUUGUUGUUCU